GUUAUCAUUUCCCAGAGUGGGCUUACAAGACCGAGUCCAGCCCCGGCUCCCGGCAGAUCCAGCUAUGGCAUUUCAUCCUGGAGCUGCUGCAGAAGGAGGAAUUCCGCCACGUCAUCGCCUGGCAGCAGGGAGAGUACGGGGAGUUUGUCAUCAAGGACCCUGACGAGGUGGCCCGGCUCUGGGGGCGCAGGAAGUGCAAACCCCAGAUGAACUACGACAAGCUGAGCCGGGCGCUGAGGUACUAUUACAACAAGAGGAUUCUCCACAAGACAAAAGGCAAAAGGUUCACCUACAAGUUCAACUUCAACAAGCUGGUGAUGCCCAACUACCCCUUCAUUAACAUUCGGCCUAAUG